ACAGAUUAUUCCAGAAGUAAUCGCACCCCUUCUAAACAUAAUCAAUUCUUCAGUUAGCACUGGUUAUGUACCUAAAUGAUUUAAACUAGCAGUUAUUAAUCCCCUGAUUAAAAACCUGACCUCGACCCCUCUCAACUGUCCAGCUAUAGACCGAUAUCAAAUCCUUGUGUGUGUGUGUGUGUGUGUGUGUGUGUGUGUGUGUGUAUGUGUGUGUGUGCACGUGUGUGUGUGUAUGUGUGUGUAUAUAUAUGUGUGUGUAUGUGUGUGUGUUAGUUUCUUCUCCAGGUGAUCUUUCCUGAACAGAGAGAUGAAAUCAGCAGAGAAACUCGUCAUCGUUUGUUUUCUGUUUAAAGGUGUUUUGUGUAGAGAAUUCUCCAUCAGUCUACCAGAGAGUGUAGAAGCUGUGAGAGGACUCUGUGUUCUCAUACCCUGCAGUUUUGAGAUUGAAGAACAAUAUGAUGGAGACCUCCAGAAAGAUCCUACAGGAAUCUGGUUAAAAGACAGCACUGAUCCUAACAAUAACAGAGUCUUUAACUCUAAAGUAACUGAAGAGAACAAGAUUGAAGGAGAAAUUAUAGGAGACCUCCGCAUGAAGAACUGCACCACCGUCUUCUACAACAUCAGACAGAAUUACAGUGGAGAUUAUUACUUUAGAUUAGAAACUUCAGGAAAACUGAAAUGGAAUUAUAAAUCUCCAUCAGUGUCUGUAAGAGUGGGAGCUUCUCCAAUCACACCCUCAAUAACACUGUAUAAGGAGGAUCAGGGGAAGGUGGAGGACCAAAAUGAGCUGGUGGAGGGAACUUCAGUGAGUCUCAUUUGCUCUGCUCCAGCUCCUCCAUGUCUCUUAAAGCCACCCACUUUUACAUGGAACUUCCUGCCUGAGGAGAGAAGACAGGAGCAGAACCACAACACCAGAUUCAGCUCCUCUCAGCUGAACUUCAACGCUACUCACCUUCAUCAUGGACUCAAUUUCACCUGCACUGCCACCUACCAGCUCCAGAACAGGAACAAAUCAACACAGAGCUCUUUUAUACUACAUGUUCUGUAUGCUCCUCAGAUCUCUCCCUUCUCCAGCUGUAACACCACUCAGGAUUUGAUCAUGUGUUCCUGUGAGGUUCACGGAAAUCCGUCUCCUAAACUGGAGUGGCGUGUCUCUGGCCAAAGUGUCAAAUCCAUCUGGGAGGAGUCAGUGAACAGCACAACCUCAAGAAGCUUCAUCUCCAUCAAUCAAUCAGUUAAGGACAAGCCCACUCUUCAGUGUGUUGUCUCCAAUAAGAUGGGUACCAAAACCCUCCUGUUUAAUCCCAACAUCUCAGAGAGGAGAGUAAAAAAGAUCAGUCCAUAA